CCUCACAGAAAACAAAACAAAAUUUGUUUUCUCUUGUGCUUUCAGCGCUGCAAUGAAAGAAUUUACGGAUUUGUCCUGAAGACUUGCAGAUCCCAGAAUAUGAGGUGUUGGCUGACUUUCUGCGUCGACUGAAAAUCAGAGGAAAUCGGAUUCUCGUCUAAGGAGGAGAAAGAAAUAUUUUUACAUAAAAAAAAUAUAAGUCUGAACUUAGAAAAAUGGAUACUACUCCGAUUAAUUCAGAGAAAUCCCAUCUGAUAGACGAGAAGAGCGCGAAGAUGUAUUCCUUAAAAUUACAAAGCUCCUUUGCAGACUCCAAAGAGCACUACCAAGACUUCCCUUUAAAAAAUGGAGGACUGUCCGGUGCUACGGAGCUGAAGCGGCAUGUUGGUGCACACUGCCAUUUACCCAAAACUCUGGUUGGCGAGGACAGCGGUGACAAGCUGCUGGCCAAGAAGAAACUCUACAUCGCUUCUGCAGUCUGCCUCGUCUUCAUGAUCGGAGAGGUCAUCGGAGGCUACCUGGCUCACAGCCUGGCCAUCAUGACCGACGCUGCCCACCUCCUCACCGACUUUGGGAGCAUGAUGGUGAGCCUGUUCUCCCUGUGGAUCUCCUCCAGACCGCCCACCAGAACCAUGACCUUUGGCUGGCACAGAUCAGAAAUCCUGGGAGCGUUAAUCUCCGUCAUGUCCAUCUGGAUCGUUACAGGAGUGCUUGUCUACUUAGCCAUCGAAAGGAUUGUACGCAACGACUAUGAGAUCGAGGGCCAUGUAAUGCUGGUCACUUCUGGAUUCGCCGUCAUUGUAAAUAUUAUAAUGGCCUACAUCCUUCACCACUCCACCACCCUCCACCCUCAUGGCAGAGGUUACCAGCAGAUCGACGAGGACGGUCAGAGCCCCGUCAGUCAUGGCCACUCCCACACGCUCCUCGGUAGCCAUGGCAGCACGAGCGUCCGUGCCGCGUUCAUCCACGUGCUUGGCGACCUGCUGCAGAGCAUCGGCGUCACGGUGGCAGCGAUCAUCAUCUACUUUCGGCCGGAAUAUAAAGUUGCAGAUCCCAUCUGUACAUUCCUGUUCUCCAUCUUCGUCCUUUUCACCACCCUCACCAUCCUCAGAGACGUCUUCAGGAUACUCAUGGAAGGAUCGCCUAAAGGAAUCGAGUUCAACUCUGUGAAGGAAGUGCUGCUGACUGUGAAAGCUGUGAAGUCUGUUCACUCUUUACACCUGUGGGCUCUGACUCUGGGACAGUCGCUGGUUUCUGUUCAUCUGGCAACAGAGGAAGGCGCCGACACUCAGUCGGUGCUUCAGGAGGCCACAGAGCUGCUCUACACCAAGUUUGGUUUCCAGAACAUCACCGUCCAGGUGGAGCUUUACUCUGAAGAGAUGAGCCACUGCUCCCACUGCCAGGACCCCAGGAACUGACAUCCAGACUCCAAUCAACUGGACCCAAACGGACUUGGAACGACUCAAAGACACGCUCACAACAUUUUCCACAGGUCGGGCUUCACUGCUGACAGUUGUGCCACAUUCAUCCUGCAGCUUCCUGGUGAAGGAGUUGAACCGGCUUUUUUGGCAGAUCAAUGUAUUGGACAGAAAGUUACAAGAAAUUAGACAGCAAACUCAUCCAUGUGUUUAUAAAGCAUGCAGAUGAUGGUGAUGGGGCUCAUGCUAACGUUGAAGGUCAGUGCUAAAGUUUAUAGCUUCACAAAAGGUGUGAUGCAUUUGCUUUUCAACUCCUUAAAAAACUACUUCACAAACAGACAGUGGUGGGCACAGCUAACUAAAAAUACACGACCCCUAAAGCACUGGUUCAGCUACACAAAACAUUGUUUGGCAGGAGCUAAUGAGAAAGCGCUAAACUUAACUGCUGCGUAAACAGUCUUCAGUCACUAACUAAACUAACCUAAAACUUCAACACACGUCAAACAUUAUUCAACUGAAAGUUUACAAAACAGCCAACUAAAUUAGUGUUUUAGAAUUUAUCCCCCAAAACAUUUAUUUAGCUGAAACUAAGUGUGCUAAAUGUUCUCAAAGUUAGCAAAAUGCUAAAGAGCUAAACAAAAAACUAUUAUUAGUGCUUUAGUUAGUUAGCAUAAGUGUGCCCACCUCUGCAAAACACUAAUAAUAAAGGAUAGAAAGCAUGCUUGCUCAAAAUAUCCCAUAAAAAAAACCAUUAACAGAAAGAAAACAGUGAAUAAUUUUAACUAGCUGAGCUGUAUGCAUCGAUUUAAAGUAAAGAAUCUGCAACUUUUAUGCAUACAGCUAUAAAAACAACCUGUUAGUGUAAGCUGAGAAACUGAAUGUAUUUUAUCAAAUACAAAAAUUUAUGUCGUUCUUAUGAUUGUCACUUUUCACUGCCAACUCUCCAGACACAAUCUUUUCAACAAUGGAAAUCACUGCCUGAUAAUAUUUAUACACCAAUAUGAUUGUUGGAUUUCUGCUUUGAAUCAUUGUUAUAAGCUUUAAUUGUUCCAGAAAAAUAAAACCCAGGAGAUCUGCUGGUUCACUAGUAAAACUUGCUCUCAAAUUUUGGAGAACACAGUGAAAAAUGUCUUUAGACGGUUUGUAGUGAUAUUUUAUUAUCUACAUACGUAGUUCCAACAGAAGCCAUACGAAGUGCUGAUUCCAAAGAUUAUUUUUUUUAAAUGCAGAGCAAAGUAGAGUAAAGAAAGAAUUAGAAAUAGAAAAGUUAUUGACAAAAUAAACUCGUAAUCAGAAGAUGAGCCAACGUUACUCAUCGCAUGCAGCAUCUGAUGACAGAUUUACACAUGGAUGAAUUUGAUGUUUGAACACUGAGAGUCACCUACCAACAAUAAUGUCACCAUGUUUGUUUUUUCCUGCUUUCUGCUGCAGAUUGAACAAAAUUUGCAAAGUCAAAAAUCAAUUUCAAAGCUCAUAAAUGUUUAUUUACAUUUGGUGUUCUAAUGGCAGUGACCAAAAAUGCAUCCAAAGUUUCUGUUAAUGAGGAAGAAAAGAAAAUCUGCUUAUUGCAUACAUGUGGUUGGUGCCAUAUAAAUACAGAUACCGUCUUGAGAUCAAUCACUGUGAAUACUAUCUAUUUGAGGAAACUUUGCAUAUAUGCACAGCUGGAACCAUAGAACCAGUCCUUGGCUCCCAGUUUUUGCUAAGAGCAUAGUUUUUUGGGCAAUCAUCACAGAGUGUGUGUAAAAAAAUUAAAUAUAAAGAUUUUUAUAUAAACUAUUCAUUAUUGUCCAAGUGCCAAGGGUUCUGGGUGAUGAUCCCUCUCUAAGUUCCUAAAUGUCUUUUUUGCCUAAUAUUUCCCUUAAAUAACAUUUGAAAAUGUCAGGCUUCAGAAUUUGAUCUCUAGUACUUCUUAACAUCUAAAAUGUAGCAUUUCAGGAGAGAUUUUAAGCUAAUUUAGGUUAUUUUAGUAGCAAUUUGUAAUCAGUUUAGUUCAAAUUUGACAAUUAAGUUACAGCAAUGAAAAGUUUGAAAGCCUGAUAUUUACUAAUACUCUGGAGUUCCUUGAACUGUAAAGGGAAAGGAGUGAAAACUGAAGAAGAAUCUAUUACAAAUAGAUCAAAAAGAAUUGAUUCUGUCAAAAAACUCCAAAAGGUUAUGAUUAAACUCAGAUGUUUGUUAAAAUAAUACAAUUUAUGACUUUAAAGACAAAGAUUUGCAAAAAAGAAAGAAAUUUUGAGAUUAAGCUUAGAGAUUUUUGA